CACCUGACUUACAGAACAGUUUGGCAUCUGUUUAUUGAACAGCUCUUUCACAAUGUGGACAGGCUACUAGUUAAAGCUGCUCUGAAUCUGUUAAUACAUUUUUUUUGUGGUUAAAUGGACUAAUUUUCAACAUGCAAAUGCAAUAUUAUAUAAUAAACAAACAAGACUGUCUGCAGGCGUAGGCUAUUGUGUUUGAGGGUGGAUACAAAUAUGUAUGAUUUUAUAGAUGGGGAAUCCAGUCCUGCUACACAGCACACACGUGAUUUCUUCGAACUACUAGGGGAAAAUGAAAGUAAUUACAGAAAAACAAAUGUUGGAGAGGUCAGUGAAGGCAUCACAAAGGCAAAGCUAUACAUCGGAGACGAAGUUUGUCGACGGAGCUGAAACAAAAUGAGCAGGCAGGGACAGGAGGAGAAAAGAUAUGACCCCAAGGACACGACUCUCAAAUUUGUCAACAGGCCGGAUGAUCUGGAUCCUCUGCCACCGGAGGAGGGAGACCAGUGUCUCCGGGCAGAGAUGUCCUGCGGUCACGCUGUCACUCCAGAGUCUCUGACUGGGUGGUGUCGCAGCCUUCUGGAUCAGGGCCAGUACAAAUUCAAGUGCCCCGCUUUGGAGGAAGGGACCCUCCAAAAGUGUGACGCCUUGUGGUCUUAUCAAGAGGUGCGCCGUCUGGCCGUGCUAUCAACCGAAGAGAUGAAGUACUUUGAAGAAAACAUCGCUCGUAUGGCUGCUACUGAAUACUGUGAUUUCAAAACUUGUCCUGGCUGCAAAACCUAUGUGGAGAGAGAGGACCAGACUAACCUGAACGUGCAGUGCACAAUCUGCACAGCUGACAAGGAGAAAAACUACCAGUUCUGCUGGCAGUGUCUGAAGCUGUGGAAGGGUCCCGCCCCGCGCUCUGACCGCUGCGACAACGACGGCUGCAUAAACCACGACCUCCAGCUUCUCCAGAACUGCACGACCACCGUGCUCCUUCAGGUGCAGGGGGUCGACGCCUGUCCCUCCAUCCGUGCCUGUCCCACCUGCGGUCAGAGGGUGGAGCACGACAAAACGGGCUGUAAGAACAUCCUCUGUCCUCGCUGCCAGGUUGAGUUCUGCUUUGUGUGUCUGAAGCUCACUCCUGAGUGUCUGAAGACGAGCUGUUACUUCAUCCCCUGCAGUGACGGAGUGGCUCCCAGACAAACCUCUAUACCUGUGUGGCAUAGAAACUAAUAAAGGAUCGCAACAUGCAUUAAUCACUCCUGUUGUAGCUUAAAGCCAUUACUUUACACACUGUAAUGUACUGAUGCUCUUGAUUUUCAUAAGGCAACACAUGUCAACACACAGAAUAUCAUUGCUGUAUUUCUUCCUUUCACUGCCAUCAAAGUUACUUUUAUUAAUGCAUUGAUUAAUAAAUUCUCUCUACAAUAA